AUGUGGCCUACAUUAGUAGCUAAUAAGAUACUCAAGAAGCGACUAGGAAGCACCAAUUUUGUAGCAGAUAAUCCUAGUUUUGAUGAACCCUUGUUGAAUUAUGCAGACAUUGAUCAUACUCCUGAAAUUGUUUUUAAUCAUCACAAGGACAAACACGAAUACAAGAUUUUUGUUAGUACAUGGAACGUAGGUGGAAUUGCACCAGAAGAAGAUCUAAACAUUGAUGAUUUGUUGGAGACAAACAACAACUUAUGUGACAUCUAUGUACUAGGGUUUCAAGAAAUAGUGCCUCUAAAAGCUUCAAAUGUUUUAGGAUCAGAAAACAAUGAGAUUUCCAAUAAAUGGAAUUCCAUAAUUAGAAAAGCUUUGAAUAAGGAUCAUAGUGAAUCUCCACAUGAAGAUUUCCAAUGUAUAAUCAGCAAACAAAUGGUUGGAAUAUUCAUAUCUGUAUGGACAAAAGGAGAUAUUCGUCCAUUCAUUCAACAUCCAAGUGUUUCAUGCAUAGGUUGUGGCAUAAUGGGAUGUUUAGGAAACAAGGGUUCUGUGACAGUGAGAUUUCAAUUACAUGAAACAAGCUUCUGCUUUGUGUGUAGCCAUCUAGCUUCUGGGGGCAAAGAAGGAGAUGAAAAGUGUAGAAAUUCUAAUGUUGCUGAAAUAUUUUCUAGGACUACUUUUCCUAGAGGUCCUUUACAUGAUUUACCAAGAAAUAUUCUAGAUCAUGAUCAUGUAAUAUUGCUUGGAGAUUUAAAUUAUAGAAUUUCUCUACCAGAAGAAACAACACGCUUACUUGUUGAGAAAAAGGACUGGGAUUCCUUAUUAGAAAAUGACCAACUAAUGAUGGAGCUAAUGAAUGGCAACAAUUUAAGAGGGUGGCAUGAAGGACCAAUCAAAUUUGCACCUACCUACAAAUAUUGUCCUAAUUCAGAUAUAUAUUAUGGUUGCUGUUGUCAUGGAAAAAAGAUAGAAAAGAGGAGAGCACCAGCAUGGUGUGAUAGAAUAGUAUGGUAUGGAAAGGGUUUGAAGCAACAUGAGUACACAAGGAGUGAAUCAAAACUAUCAGAUCAUAGGCCUGUUAGGGCAAUAUUUACUGCAGUGGCAAGGGUUUCAUCAGAGGUCAAAAGCUUACAGAACUUGUCCCUAUCAGAAAGAUUUGAGCAAAUUAAAACUCCUUUUGAAGUUUCCACCAAUGAUGAACUUGUAUGUAGAAAACAAUUAAGCUUCCGGUUGUAA